AUGGUUAAUUAUAUAAAAAAAUUUUAUUUUAUUGAACCAAAAACACCAAAAGCAAUCAACGAUAAAAAGAAGAAAAGAACCCCUAAUAUGUUCAUACUAUAUCGUAAAGAAAUGAUGAAAUAUAAACCUUACAAUAUGCAGAUGACAAAAUACAGUAAACUUGUAUCAGAAAAGUGGAAGGAACUAUCAGAAGUUGAAAAAAACGAAUUACAAAGACGUUAUCAAAUCAAACGAGAUCAGAAAAUGGUUAAUGAGUAUGAUAAUGGAGAAAGUCCAAUAAAUUAUCCUUUAUCUUUAUUAGAAGGUAAAAAUAAUGCUAAACAUGACAUGAAUUGGGUUAAAUCCAAUGCUGAUCAAAAUUCUAAUCAGAUAACAACUGAUAAAACAAAACCUCAUAAAUUGUUUUCUCUUUGA